AUGACGGUGUCACCAGCUCGCCUAACUGCUGUUGUGUUGCUAAGUUUACUGGAGGUGCUACUGUUUGGUGGUCUGCAGUACGGAUGGACUUCCUUACUUUACAUCUUAAAACAGGAGCACGUAUUUGAAGACCUCUGUAAAAAAGGCGAUAACGUCACUUCCGGAAAUGGAAGUUAUGUGGUUUCCGGUGAAGACUGUUUCCCUCAGGAUGAAAGAUUUAACUUGAUCUUCAGUAUUGGUGUAGCAGUAUUUACAGUGAUAUGUGUCAUAACGGGACAACUUUACUUCAAGUUUGGUGUGAGGGAAAUACGGACUCUCAGCGGGUUAAUCCUUGUCAUCGGCGUGCUUUGUUUUGGCUUCACAUCUCCAGAACUACCCUGGCUUGUGCUCCCUGGGAUAGUAUUGGUAGGCGUGGCUGGGAUCUCACUUAUCAUAUCUAGCAUGCAGGUGGCAGUGCUGUUGCCGAAGGGUUCCUCGGUGUAUGUCGGUCUCCUUAAUGGCUGUUUCGACUCCUCCGUUGUGACACAGAUGGCUGUCAAGACUCUGCACGAUAGCGGCAUCAACCGCAGAUUUUCUUACAUCGGUGUCGCCAUUUUGUGUGUCGUCAUAUCCGGUUUCUACACGCUAUUGCAUCCUGGUUCAAAGAAUAAGACUUUAAACUCAUCGGACGCCAGAAGUGAUGAGGACAAGCAGAAAAAAAUGGACGACGACGUCAAACUUCCCAAAGAUAGUAUUAACAUCACAUUCAAUAACGACGAAAAACAGUUUGAAGUCGCCCCACCGAAAUCAGUAACGGACAAAGAAAAAGACGUUUCAGCGUCUUCCGUUUCUUCCGAUGACGUCAUUUAUCCUCCCGUCGGAUCGAUCAUAUGUUCCCGUAUAUACUUCUUUCACAUACUGUGGUUCACCGCGCUGCUGCUGAGGUUCUUCUAUUUCAUCGGGUCAGUAAACAGACUGAUGGUAAAGACCCUGGAAAAUGACGGACAGGUGAGCUACUUCACUGACGUCAUGGCCUACACAAUGUUGGGAGGGAUGCUUUCCUCGUUUAUUGCUGGACAGGUGUUUGAGACACAAAACAGGUGGUUUACAGGAACAAUGAAGACAGUAAUCCCCCUCACAGUGACGUCAUGCUUGGCCAUUCUGUUAUCCUCCCUCGCCUUCCUGUCCUCGACGGCUGUUCUGUACGCUGACUUUGUUGUGCUGACGUUUUUCCGUUCCUUCGUUUUCAGUGUUAACAUGGAUUUUAUCAUAAUUUCGUUUCCUGAGAAAUUCAUGAGUGUACUAUUUGGACUGGCCUUUUCCAUUUCCGGUGUCCUUACCUUGACACAAUAUGCCUUGUUCACGUGGACAGAGAAAUACGAUGGCGCUAUGACACACGUAAAUAUUGCCCUGUUGUGUUUAUCGAUUAUCUCCCUUCUACAUCCGGUCCUUAUUUUCAUGAGCCAAAAACGAAGAUCGAUCGAUAGAGAUACAGACAACACUAUUCACUGUAGUGUCGGCUCCGAGGACAUGAAAGGACUUUCGACAAAAUUGUAAUGGCUGCUGUUCAAAGUUUGAAUCUUAAUUGUUCGCAAAUGUAUCUACAAAUCAGACAUUCCCAGUGUCAUGGACAAGAAUAUUAAAAAAAAUCAUAUACGUGUCUUUGAAUUGUGUCAAGUAAGACCUUACUAAAUUAUAUGUAUAAUUUAUUACUAUUGUUAUUGGCUGAAGUAUCAAACAAAAAAUAAAUAACACAGUCUCCAGACUGCUUUACAGUUUGUACGUAAAUUUUGAAAUAUUAGUAAAAUCGAUACACGGUUAUAUUACUCGUGGUAUAUUUUAAAGAAUAUCGUCAAUACUGAUGACUAUAGCUUUAAGAUCAAUUUCACUUUCUCACAGACAAUAGAUAUCAUGCUAAAUAAUGCAAUCAAUAUUAUUGUUAAUGCUGUAUUAUAAUCUUCUUUAAGUGAAUAUGUAUUUUGAAGUGUUUCACAACGAGGAUGUGAAUUCGCAACAACAUUAUCACAGUUAUGUAUCUAUUCUUUCUUUUUCCUGAAUAAACACUUGCAUGGAAUUUUAAAUUGCUUCAUUUUGAUACUCUGGUUAGCAUAUUUUACCAAAAACAUAUAUAUCAAUUGAUAACAGUUUGCUGUAUUGCAUAUGAAUUCACGAGGAGAAACAAGUGUACUUUAUCAAUUUAAAUAAGAAUGAUCAAUUUGAAAAAAGGAAUAUCAAAGCUUCACUUUUAACAUUUUAAAUGUGUCGCAACGUUUGAAGACCUACUGGUCCUUUGUGUUAAAAUUAAAGUUUA